AUGCGUGAGGAGACAAAGGGUCGAAGUCUGAUGGCUCGCUAUGUGCUGCAGAACGCAGUUCGUGACGUGGCACACAGCUCGUCGUUCUCAGUGACAGCGGCCACCGCAGAGUCUCUGCACCCGCGCGGGAUAAUGAAACUGGUGCAGGGUGUGCCCCGACUUCGCUUCCGCAACCAGCAGGUGCAUCGCCGCAAAAUCAUCCUGCUAGGCUACCAGGAGGUGGGGAAGACGUCGUUGCGCAAGUGCUUUGAGUCUGAGCCGUUCUUCUUCAAGAGUCUGCCAGAGGUGCGCACGACCAGCGGCGUCGAGGUACAGGAGAAGUCCAUGGCGAUCGAUGGCGACUUCGUUCACUUAAUCCUCUCCGACUUCGCGGGGCAGGAGUCGUACCACUCGCACACGUAUUUCCUAACGGAGCGCUCCAUCUUUGUCCUGGUCUGGAAGCUCUCGGCCGUGGAGCAGGACUUCCAGAGCAGCGGUAUCAACGUGCGCGAGGAGGAGCGGCUGCAGCGGUGGAUUGUGGAGGUGUUCGCCAAGUACCCACACGCCCGCAUCGUGCUGGUGGCCACCCACCUCGAUGAGCUUCGCGUGCAGGGGCAGCGGAGUGUCGAGAUGAUCCUCAACAAGGUCGAGGGAAAGCUCCGCUCGUUUAUUGAUGACCUUAUCGCUGCCUCUAACACGACGGCGGCGCCGACGACGCUGGGGGCGCCGGCACUGGCCUCUUCAUCCACGGCAGUCGGAGGUGCUCCUUCAUCCUCAAGAGGUCAGAUCUCAUCGCACCUCGCGCAGCCGCGUUACGCGCGCCGAGUCAUUGUCGGCAACUUCGCCGUGUCGUGCAAGACGCGCCUCAUGAUCGCCGCUGGAAACGCGCUGCGGCACCUCUCUGGAGCGAAGAUCAGUGGGCUGCUGAAGUAUCUUGGGGCGUUGGUGAAGGAGGACUGCUUCGCAGACCGCGAGUACCCCGCGGCAGUGGUGCCCGGACGCCACUCCAAGCUGAUAGAGAACCUUGAGGAUGUAAAACGACGCCAUCCGGUUAAGCUACUGAUGCGCUUGAGCGAGUUUGUGCAGAUGGCGGUGAACGUCGGCAUCGAGUCGGAGGAGGAGCUGCUGCAGGUCGCGCGCCUCAUGCACGGCUGGGACAUGAUCUACCUUUUCAACCAGUACUCCAUUGAGGCCAACUCCCUCAUCGUUCUCUAUCCUCGCUGGCUAAACCGCAUGGCUGCCUCGCUCUUUUCCUAUGCUCACCUCCUGCGCACCCCACUGCACAUGCGCAGCAUGAUUGGCGGCCUCGAGUACCUGGUGAGCAAUGCUGAGAUGGCGGACAUGUGCUUGAUGCGGAAGGGCUACUUGCGAUGGCCGCUGGCGCGUGUACUCUUCCACAAACCCCUCUCUGACUUCCUGCGGCGCCCUCCAGACGACGCGGAUGUAGCCAUGUGCCUGGAGCUGCUGGAGGCGAUGCUGCUCGUUUAUCCAGUGGAGGUGGAGUCCGACGAAUUCGAGGUGCUGGCGGAGGAGGUGCCUGUGGACCCUAGUGUUGGUCGCCCGUUAAUCAAGUCGCAGAAAAUCACCCGCUACUACGUCCCCUCGCUCGCACCACUCGAGACACCGCAGACACUGAAGAAGCUGGCACCCGUUUUGUUUCACCGCGGCGUUCGGGUGCGGCUGGAGUUCAACCUCCUUCCUGACGAGCUCUGGUGGCGGUUUCAGUGCAAGAUGUACCGCUUCAUCAAGCCAGUCACUGUUUACCAACCUGCGGUGGGUGGGAUGGACGAUGAGGACUUGUUGCUGAACGGCUUCCGCCUGCGGGAGGCGGACGAGGAGCACAACCGAUGGCGAGACUCGCUGUGGCUCAUGGGGCGUGGCUGCCGGGUGCUGGUGUACCGUGAUGGAGCGAACGCGGUGUCGGUGCUGUCUGCAGAGAACACGCCGCGUGGGUCGGAGGAGGUGCUGCAGGCGGUGGAGGACGCAUUGGCGGGGGUUCUUCAAGAGUACAAAGGUGUGCAGCGCCGCACGUUUGUGUCCUGCCCCAACCAGGACUGCGGAGGCUGGCUCGAGGCGGACGUCGUUGCGUCCAGUGUCAGCAUCACGUGCCCCACCUGCAAGCAGACGUUUGAGAGCAAGCAGGUCGUUUCCUCUGGGGUAGGGCCGCUCGGCGCGCCGCGCUUCUCGCAGACUCUCCUCGUCGAAGCUGGUGAGCUUCUCGCCUUCUGCCUUUCGCACCGGUCUUGCCUCCACAUGUGCCGCUACCUGGGUAUCCCAUACAAGGGGCCCUCCCCGGCCCGCGAGGAGUCUGUGGAGGGUGAGCCAGACUCUGAGAGUGUCAGCCACCAGACAGAGGCCCUGGGAACCCAUGUCGAGUACUUGCGCGCGCUGGACAAGGUGGUGCAGGCGGUGCUGUUCCGCUCGUGGAUGCAGCGCACCGAGGAGCAGGAGCGCCGCCGUCGCAUGCUGGAGGACGAGCCGAGUCCAGCGUUUUUUUGA